CCCUAUGAAAAUGAAAAAAAAGCUAUACGAGAUGGCCCGAAAAUGUUUCCAUAGAUUUAUAAUUUUAACAGACGGCAGCACCUCAAGUCACGUGACUUAUGUUAAUUGACAUCUACACAAGCAGGCGACGUGAGAUGAGAAGGGUGGUGCUUACGCGGCCUGUAGUUGGACUGAUAUCAGGCGAGACGUGUUGCCACAACUUGGACCUUACCGGACUCGGGAGGACAUCCAUCAUGUUGCUAAGUCUCGUCACCCUGGCAACUGCCGUCGGGAUCGUUUCCCCGCAGGAGGUCCCAGUCACUGCACCGCACUUCCGGGUACCCGUCGACCCGGAGGUGUACAUGGAUGCUACGCAGCUGAUCACCAGCAAGGGCUUCCCGUGUGAGAACCACUACGUCACUACAGAAGACGGAUUCAUCCUCAACAUGCAGCGGAUCCCUCACGGCAGGGGAGACAACUCGUCGGGGACAGCCAAGCGCGCGGUGAUGCUGCAACAUGGCCUUCUGGGUAGCUCACCUAACUUUCUGGUGAACCUCGCCAACGAGAGCCUCGCUUUCAUCCUGGCCGACGCUGGUGCAGACGUGUGGCUGGGCAACGUGCGCGGGAACACUUACUCACGUGCCCACAAGACGCUGAAACCAUCGGACAGGGAGUUCUGGGAAUGGAGUUACGACGAGAUGGCGAAGUACGACCUGCCCGCCAUGAUUGACUACAUCGUACAGACGACCGGGCAGCCCCAGGUCCACUAUGUCGGACACUCUCAGGGGACACUCAUCGGCUUCGCGGGCUUCAGUCAGAACAAGACUCUGGGUCAGCUGGUCAAGACCUUCAUCGCCCUGGCCCCAGUGGCGACCGUCGGACACAUCAAGAGUCCUCUCAGACUUCUGGCGCCGUUCUCGAAGGAACUUAAGGAAGCCUUUGCUUUGUUAGGCCACGGCGAGUUGCUGCCGAGUACUAAUCUGACCAAAUGGCUGGCGAGAACCAUGUGUAAAGUUGCUCCUGUCCUCUGCGAGAAUCUGUAUUUUGUCCUGAAUGGCUUCGACUACCGGUCAUUCAAUUCUUCUCGAGUUCCCGUGUAUAUGGCACACACACCCUCCGGAACCUCCACACAGAACAUGUUGCACUUCGGACAGGGCGUCAACUCCGACAAGUUCCUGAUGUUUGACUUCGGGUCCGCGGCUGCCAAUACGGCGCACUAUGGACAGGCCACACCGCCUGCCUACCGCCCGGAUGAGAUGGACGUGCCCGUGGUGUUGUUUAGCGGAGGAAAUGACUUCCUGGCAGACCCGGAUGAUGUCACGUGGAUCCGGUCUCAGCUGAAGCACAUUGUGGGAGAUCACGUGAUCCCUCACUGGGAACAUUUGGACUUCACUUUGGCUAUGGACGCCCCGGUUCUCUGUUACGAUAAAAUUAAACGGAUUAUUUUUGGUUGAUCAAACCACAUCUUAGACCCAAAGAAAAAGAAAAGUCAUUGCGAGUGUUGUUUUAUAAUUAACUCACAGCCCCGAAGGACUAAUAAUUAUCUGUGGUCAAUAAGACAAUUAAUAAGAUAAUUAACAAUUGUUUGAAAGACGACUGUUAAUUGGGAUAAAAGAUCUCCGAGCUGUUUGUUUUUAACCGUGGCAAUGAGUGUAGGUUCAUGACUUAACAAGUGGUCUGGAUCAGAUAAUUUUUUAUGAGUAAGUUUAGAACACGUUUUGAUAUAAAAUGAUCCGAUUGUCAAAAGGUACUCCGGCAAUACUGCUUGCUAAUAAAACAAUUUUGUUAAGACGUGAUUUGUUAUGAGGCUACAGCUCUAUCCCAGCACGAAACGUAAAAUGUUAAAACACUUUCAACAAACCAUAAUUAUUAUUUUGACGUCAAAGAAGACAAUUAACAAAUGAAACACUUCACUUUGCACAAGCCAUCAAUUUGACCAGUAAUGUCCUCACAUUGGAAUCCCUCAGUAUCUAUACUUGAAUAUACUCAAGCCCACGCCCGUUGUUUUUUUAGUUAAAGAAUUUUUUUUUUUCCACUUAUAACCUUUGUUAUAGUGCAAACCAUUUCGAUAUCUGCGGGUUCCGAGUCGUCCCAUACAAAUCAGACUCCCGGUUUCAAGGAUUUUUCUUUUAAUUUGUGGCCCUUUAACCAUUACUAUAGACAAUAGCUUUCACAAAGUUUCCAAUACCCUACAAUUUCCUGCUUAUAGCUUCAUUUAUUCCUUUUUGAGUAUGUAAGCACUGAAAUUAUUUGUACUCUUUGUGAAAACUGAUAAAAUCGAUGUAGUAGCAGCGAUUGUAGAAGUAUAAUAAGUUAGGGAGCCUCGUGCUUACCAAGUUUAUUCAGUGGAGAUUGUAUAUACAGUCUAUAUCCUACUUCUUCGUUUUGCCAACGUGAUUUUGUGCUGAAUUAUGAUACCGGCGAAAAUUAUGUAUAUUCGUGCGAUCAACCGUAAAUGGUCUCUGGCACACAAAAUAGGAUUCGUUCAAAUAUCUUCGAGACAAUUUCACAUGAUUGAAUUUUUCAUUACAUUCCAGUUUAGACUUAUGAAGUUGGUUAGGUUUUGCAUACACAUUCUACUUUUUAGCGCAGAUCACACUUCACAUCUGCUAGCCUUGUCGAGUCUAGGCUCACAAUAUAAGACUCCCAAUUUCAAAGAUCUUACUGUUAUCAUGAAAAUAUUACUUUCAUAUGCAAACGACAACGCUUUACGCACAUUAUGUUUUUGUCCCUACGUCAUCAGUCUACUUUACUUCAACAAUGUUUAUUGUCUGUUUCAAUGUGAUACCUGUGAUCUAGCAGUCUGGUAUUCCGACUGCAAGGGCGACCGCGAGCAGGAUGUGCCGCUCGGUGGAAACUCGUCCAAUGUUCUUUGUGUAUGAGCCGGAAUCUCCGCUCACCUGUAUUUUGUGUGUACGAGCCGGCACCUCCGCUCAACUUGUUAAUGUUAUGUAUAGUUGUUUCACGGAUAUUGACAAUGUUGUUAUUCACUUAUUUACUUUUACACGCCUGUAUAUCUUAUCUAAUGUCAUUUCAUUCAUCUCAGUCAAGUGUACUGCAUGAAGCAACCACUUGUCAACCUGUCGAUGUCAUUUGCAUUGAUCUGUACUUGUACUUGUACUCCAUAUUGUCAUUAUUU